AUGCAGCCACGCGCACCCUCGUCGAGCGACGCGCGCGACCGAGCGACGUUCACAAGCCGACUCGACGCCUCGGCAUCGCAUCGCGCGCUCGCAUUGCCGUCGUCGGCAGCAGCGCCCGACGCCAUGCGCGCUGGCGCCGUGAGCGGUGCGCGCGCCACCACCACCAGCAGGGGCGCGGCCGGUAGAAUCGGCAGCUCGGGGAGCCUCGUCGACGGAUCCGCCGCCCGGCCGCGAUUCGCGGGCCGGCGCCGGCAGCCGGGGACCGCCCGGCCCGGUGGGCACUUGUUUCGGUCGCGGCGGCGGCGCGUGCUGCUGCUGUUCGUUGGCGCGAUCGCCGCUCUCACCGCCGUCAACGUGCUGCUGCUCCGCUCGCGUAAUUCUCUCAGAGCAGCGGAUAUCCGAGAUUACAAUAACGAGGAUUUGAGCGACGAAACAGAUAACGGGGAGAACGAUAGCGAGUACAGGCUGAGCGGCGACUCGUCGUGGUGGUCGUGGCGGUGGUGGAGCGCGCUGAGCGGGAACGGGAACGGCGGCGGGCAGCGGCGGGCGCGCGAGGUGAAGGCGUACAACAACUCGGACCCCGAGCCGGACGCACGCAUCAGCGACGCUGACGACCAGUUCAUCGACGCCACGCUGCCCGUCGACGGCGCGGAGCCCGCGCGCGGCGCGCACGCGGGGGAAGGCGGGCGGCGGGAAGGGCGGGGAUGGCGCGGGGGAGGGCGGGGCGCACGUGCGGCUGGAGGACGUGCUGCGGUUCAACGUGAUGGCGGCGGGCAGACGGUGGGACCGCCGUGUGGGGUGCUCCAAGUUCAGAGCCAAACACAACGCGCCCUCCUCGCCGUGAAUCAGCCAUUAGGCGUGUCAAGCCAGCCCACUCUCGCCGCCAUUGCCGCAUCUCGGCUGCCA